AUUGACCAUUCGCUAAUAUUGUCAUUUUGUCAUUGUGGAAGUUUAGACAAAUUUUAAUAAAAACAAGAAUACUCUUUAUCACGGACGAAUGUAAGUUGAAUAUCAUUACUAGGAAUUUAUAUAACAAUAAGAUAGAUUAAAGCCUUGAGAAAAUGGAUGCUGCCGAUGUUAUUCUAAAAAAUGAUAAGAUUAAACCUAGUGUAGAUUUAGAGGAAGAUCCUCUACUGCUAAGACCUCACACAUCAACUGUGAACAUAAUAAAUGAGUGCCAGAUGUUUAUAAAAGCAGAGGAUGGUGGUGGCGAUACGCACAUGAAUUUAACUGAUAAUAUGCCGCAAGAAAGCACUGAAAACCCAAAUUUGUAACAUCCACACCAGAUCAAAAGAAAGACAGUCCAUCAGACAAUCAGAUUGCCGAUUCAAACCCAGAAUGUGAUAUGGAAGAGAUUCCAGACUUGCCAGUAGAUGAGGGAAUGCCUAGUACAGUCACUGUUUUGGAAGCCCCUGAUGGUGGUAAAGUGUACUUAAUUGGUACAGCACAUUUUAGUCUGCAAUCUCAAGAAGAUGUAUCCAGGGUUAUACAAGAAGUGAAACCCCAUGUUGUCAUGGUGGAACUGUGUGAACAACGCACCAAUAUUCUCCUGCUUGAUGAAGAAAUUAUACUGAGAGAGGCUAAAAACAUUAACAUUAAAAAGAUCAGAGCAACAAUGGCUCAGAACGGUGUGUUCAAUGGAUUAAUGUACAUCCUCUUGUUGAAUAUGUCUGCACAUAUUACAAGGGAGUUGGGCAUGGCACCUGGUGGUGAAUUUCGACGCGCAAUGGCCGAGGCAAAGAAGAUUCCUAACUGUAUUGUACAACUGGGUGACAGAGCUAUAGAUAUAACAUUGCACAGAGCUAUAGCGUCGCUUUCGUGGGGACAAACUAUACGAUUUAUAUGGCACCUGCUAACUUCGAACCAGUCGAUAAGUUUGGAAGAAGUGGAGAAAUGUAAACAAAAGAAGAUGUUGGAUGACAUGUUAGAGGAGAUGGCGGAGGAAUUUCCGGCGCUCAAGCGCGUGUUCGUUGUUGAGAGGGACAUGUACCUCUGUCACUCGCUGCAGGUCGCCGCCUUGCAGCCGCGCCGCGAGCCAUGCCGCAUUGUGGGCGUGGUUGGCAUUGGUCACGUCGCCGGCAUCGUAGAGCAUUGGGGUAAAAUCAAACAGCAAGAUAUCCCCCCGCUAUUGAAGUAAGUAAGAUUUAAUAAAGUUAAAUUAACUGGCAAAAUCAAAUAAAUUGGACUUAAUUGUUUUAAAACUUUUUUAUUGGGCUCGCAUUUCUUGUGACCAAUCUGUCUUAGAUUUUCGUUCAGAUUUUUUGGUU